AUGAAGUUGUUAGUCGGCAUCGCCCUUCUUGGGUUAGCCAUCGCCUCGUCGCUAGUCUGGGAUCCGAAGCCGCACAUCACCGAGGAGCGGUACAGGGUCGGAAACGAGUACCGCUAUGUUUUCGACGGUCAAGUCACCACUGGUCUUGCUCUUCCUGACACUCAACAAUCCGCCACUCGCAUCCAGGCCAUCGUCACCCUGCAACCGAUUGAUGAGCGCACUACUCUGUUCCAACUGAACCAGGUCCGCUUCGGAUCCAUCCAGGAGGAAUUCGAGCCACGUGAGCUCCUUCCGUUCGAGCGCUACCAACUGGUGAAGAUCGAUGAGGAGCACAAAAACAUGCUGUUCAUGCCUAUUCGAUUCACCUACAGGCAUGGAAUGAUCAGCGACAUCGAAUUCUCUGAGGAGGACAAGCCGUGGUCAGUCAACAUCAAGAAGGCUAUCCUCAACAUGCUUCAGGUAGGGUCAUCUAAGCUACUGAUCAACAUGAUGAAGAGGGAUGAGACCAUGAGGCGUGAGCGCGAGGAAGAACCCGAGAACAAAAACUUCUUCACGACUGUUGAGCGAACCCUCGAAGGCGAAUGCGAAGUCGAAUACACCAUCAACGACAUGAAGACUGAAUUCACUCAGUGGACGAAGUCCAUCAACUUCCAGAAGUGUAAUGUGCGCCCUGAGGUAGAGUACGGAAUUCGCCCACGUGAGUUCAAGAAGACCGACGACGAGAAGCUCUUCAGCACCGUGUUCAAGUACAAGGUUGCCGGUGAUAGGAACGAAUUCCUCAUUCAUGAAGUCGAGCUCGAGUCUCAAUACAAGCUUAUGCCACUUUCGAAGAAGCACGAACUCAUCAGCUCGUUCGUCUACAACAAGAUGACUCUUGUCUACGCUGGAAGACCUGAGACCCAAAUCCCAAGCGUGCGCCGCGAUCGCAAGGAGACCCUCAUCUACAACUUCGACUGGGAGAUCGCCGAGGAGAUGUUCGCCAUGACUGGAGACGAGAGGUAUCUACACCGCAUUCCUGAGUGGAAGAACAAGGUUGAGCAUAUUGAGAAGCUGCUGACUCUCAUCAACCGCCAUAUGGAGGAGAAGGUCGAGCUUGAGACCACCCAUAUGUUCGCACGUCUUGUGAAGCUUCUGCGCCUCUGCCGUGAGCAUGAGCUCAUCAAGAUCCAGCGCUUCUUCGAAACUCGUGAGAAUGUCAACCACAAGGUGCUCUCCCUGUACUACGACGCCCUUGCCAUGGCUGGAACGAAGGUUACUGUCAAGGAGCUGGCCAAGAAGAUCACUGAGGAGAAGAUUGACACUCUGAAGGCAGCCCGACUCUUGAAGUCUCUUUCUGAAGUCCGCGUGCCAUCUGAGAAGAUCGCCGAAGAAGUUCUUCGCGUUUGCGAGAGCAAUAUCGCCGAGAGGACUCCUUACCUCAAGCAAUCCUGCUGGCUGACCUACGGUGCCAUCUUCAACGGACUGUGCAACAACGAGAAGCUUGCUGUCUAUCACAAGGAGAACAUGUGCAAGCGUGAGCUCAAAGAAAAGGUCGUUCGCAAACUGAUGGACAUGUUCAGGAGAAGCGAGACUCGUUACGAGAAGGUGCUCAUGCUCAAGACUCUUGCUAACGCCGGAAUUGAUAUUUCAGUUCACGAGCUGGAGAACAUUAUCUACAACAAAGAGGAGGAAAAGGUUAUCAGAAUCGAAGCUAUUAACGCUCUGCGCAGACUUCGAUACACAAUGCCACGCAAGAUCCAGAGCAUUCUGAUGCCAAUCUACAAGAGCCGCAGUGAAAAUCCCGAAAUCCGCAUGAUCGCUAUGCGCAAGAUUAUGGAGACCAAGCCCGAGCAGGUUGUUGUUGACCAGAUCGUCCGCCUGAUGGAAGUCGAGCGUGACCCGCAAAUCCGUGCUUUCACCUACAAGACCCUCAAGACCAUCUCAGAAGUUCCUGAAAUCCAUGAGGAAACCGUUCACCAUGUGAAGAAGGCACUGAGAACUGUUGACACCGAGUUCUAUGAGAAUCUGAACAACCGCGUUCUUCGAUGGACUGUCAAGAACGAGAACAACAGAUACGGCGUCUCGGUUGACUUGCACAGCCUGUUCACCAAGGACAGUGUUUUGCCCAAGGAACUGAUUACCACCAUGGAUGCCAUUCUUGGAGGAAAAUGGUACGAAUACUUCGCUCAGCUCGGAUUCUCACAGCAGAAUGUUGAUGAGAUCUUAAACAAACUGCUUCACAAACUGCAGGAAACCGACAUGGAGCACCUUGUUGUCCGUGGAAAGCGCUCCACCCUCUAUCGCCCGGCCGAAUUCUUCCGAAACAUCUACGAAAAGCUGAACUUCGUCCGCCGACAUCCGAACAAGGAUGACGCUCACGCGAUGAUUUACUUCCGCUACAAAGACAUGGACUACGCCUUGUUGCCAUUCGACGUCGAUACCAUCCCCAAGGUAAUCAAGAACAUGUUCCACGACGGAAAGAUUGAUCUUGACGAGGUCGAGCGCUUCAUUGCUACUGGAACACAGUUCACCAAGACCGGAGGUUUCUACAUCUACGAGUUCGAGAGGAGAAUCCCAACUACCCUCGGUCUGCCACUCGUCAUCACCUCGAAGAUGCCAACUGUUGCCACGGUCCAGGGACACAUCAAGGUAGAGAUGGAGCCUAGGGAAAACAGAAUGUUCGAGGGACUUCGCCUCCGCCUCUUCUUGAAGCCUAAGAUUGCUACCACCCACGUCGUCAGAGCUAUCGUCCUGAGCCCUAUUGUCGAGAAUGGAUUCAAGAUGCUCCACUCCGCUACCUUUGACAAGCCAUUCGAUACUGAAAUGGAGCUCACCUGGAAGCACAAACUUCACCUGAAGACUAUUGUUCGUCCAUUCGAGCAAAAGAGGCACGUUCUCCACCUCCAGUCGCGCCCAGUCACCUUCAUUCGCCACAUGAAGAAGACCCACACCUACCCCGAACCGGUCGAAAUCACUGUUCAUCUUCGUGAACACCUCUACCCAAUCAAAUCAUUUGAGCGUACCUUCCUCAAGAGAUACGGAAUGAUUGUGAAGCUCACCGGAACCAUGCACCGCCCAAUUAUCCGCAACACGGAGAGCAUGCUCAACCCGAUUUUGAUUGGAUACAACACCUAUGACGUCCACAUGGAACCCACUGAGGACCUUCCAAAGGAGUACGUCUUCCACAUGGAAUUGGACAACUUCGUCCCAGAGAGACUUGAGAGACCCGAGAUUGAAAAGCUUCUCACGCACCACGACGAAAUGUUCAACGGCGAGGACGAGGAAACCGAGCCAAGACGCAUUGGUGACCGCAGGACUCACUUGACCACCUACCUUAGGAACAUCGAGAUCGAGAAGGCGUUCAAGCACCGCCUGUUCUUCAAGAUCGAAACUGUUGGACAACGUGAGAAACACGAAGCAGAGAUGGAAUUGAAGGUCGUUCAUGAUAACAAAUACCGCUUCUGGCGCACUUACAUCUUUGCUCGUCGCACCCCAAUGGAGAGGGAGAAUCGUGACUGGGAGAUGAAGGUCGAGAUGCAGACCGUCUAUCCUGAGAUCCCGAAGACUCUUAAAAUGAUGAAGGAGCAGAUCCAUCGCGAAUGCCACACUCUGAUUGAUGCUAUGUGGGGAAAUGAGGAGAGGAACACUCUCACCAUGCGCAUCCAGGGUGAGCCAAGCCGCGAGCAGAAGAAGUGGAUGAAGAAUUUCGAACGUGAGGAGAAUAAGCUGACCGAGAUGGAGAAGAUGAAGAUGUUCUCCAACAGGAACCUUUACAAGCUCAUGGCCAAGUACAGACUGACUCCGGAAACUGAGUACUACAUGCGCAGGAUGUUCUCCUUCCUUAAGACUUGGAACCUGUGGCACACCGAAUUCGAGAAGGUUCAUAACAGGGAAGGAAUCGUUCGUAUGCGUUUGGAAAUCGAGCCUCUGAACCGCCGCACGUUUGAUCUCCUCAUUGAGACCCCCAAGGAGCGCGUUGUGAUGAAGAAGCUCACCAUGCCUUUCAAGCUUCCUACGAUUCAGUUCCAUGAAAUGCACACUCUUGAACCCACCAAGGUUAAGGACGUCUUCCACCACCUUAUCAAGAGCACUCGCCCACAAUGCAUUGUCAAGUCCAGGGAGAUUAACACUUUCGACGACCUUCGCCUCAGAACUCCCCUCUCCAACUGCUACACGGUCUUGGCUAAGGACUGCGCCAAUGAGGAGCCGAGAUUCGUCGUCCUCAUGAAGAAGAUCGAAAAGGAACGUGAGGAAAAGAGACUGAAGAUCGUUACUCCUGAACAUGUCUAUGUGAUGGAGAUCGUCAAUGAGAAGCCGUUCUUCAAGGUCAACGACCGUGAAGUCAGGCCCGAGGAGUAUAAGAGAUACCGCAUCUACAGAGUUGACGACCUGCUCUACAAGAUCGACAUUGAAGAUGUUGUCGUGUUGUUCGACGGAGUUGAGGCCAACAUCAAGCUCUCGCAUCUGUACAAGAACAAGCAGUGCGGAAUCUGCGGACACUACGAUGGAGAGAAAUGGAACGACAUGCGCCGCGCUGACAAUGAAGAGACCAAUAUGGUUGAAGACUUCCAUCGCAGCUACAUCUUAAAGGACGAUGAAUGUGAGAUUGAUGAGACGGAAUUCACCAAGAAGCGCAGCUACCGUCUUGAGGAGGACCUGAAGCGCGACAACUACCGCUACAGAGAGGAGAAGGAGUUCAGAGAGGAGAGAGAGCGCGAGUACAGGAGCCACGAGAGGUACUCCGAGGAGAAUGACAAAUCCAGCGAGGAGGAAGAGAAUCCCAAGCCGAUUCUUCGUACUCGUAUCAUCGAACGUGAAAACCGCGUCUGCUUCUCUGCUGAGCCCGUCUACGAGUGCCCAGAGAAUACCGUGAAGGACGAAGAGAAGAAGGAGGAGGUCGAGUUCAUCUGCCCUCGUGCUCACGAUCCGGAGACCAGACGCCUGCUGCGCAAGGCCCGCGUCGAGGUUAUCCCGCGCAGACAACUUGAGGGAGAACCCUGGACCACCACUGUCUAUGUGCCCAAGACUUGUACUGUGUAUUGA